UUCAGACGAAUAGUAAUAUUACACUCUUGAGAGGAUUGAACGUUGCCUCAUCAGAUUCUUAGCAGUGAUUACGGAUAAGUGAUAUGAAUAAUAUCGGAUUGGAUAUUGGGGAAUCCCAGGUUAACCUCAACGGCAGUAAAAAUAGCUUGCAAAACUGUUACAAUGUAUCCACCGCUACAAUAUCAACAACCGGCGACGGACACAAAGCGAAGGAUUCCAUUCCGGUGCGGGAUAAAUGGGGCAAAGAUGUCGAGUUCAUGCUGUCCUGCAUUGCGUACUCCGUGGGGUUUGGCAACGUGUGGAAGUUCCCCUACACGGCACUCAAAAACGGUGGAGGUGCCUUUCUGAUUCCCUAUCUGGUAGUACUGUUCAUCGUUGGCCGACCGAUCUACUACAUGGAAAUGGUGAUGGGUCAGUUUUCCAGCCGGGGGUGCGUGAAACUCUACGAUCUGAGUCCUGCUAUGCGAGGAAUCGGAAUAGGUCAAACCAUUGCCAUGUUUGUCGUUAUGACCUACUACACACCAGUAUUAGCCAUUACCUUCCGGUAUCUUGUGGCAUCAUUCAGUGUCGAACUACCUUGGGCUAAAUGUGAUCCAACGUGGACAAACUGCAUAAAUUCCGACUUCGUCGGACAUAUCACAUCCAACUCGAGCACCCCACCAAAGGCAUCUGCUGAGUUAUUCUUUCUUAAAACAGUAAUGCACAAAAACGAUUCUCUCUACGAAGGCAUCGGAACGCCAGACUGGAAACUGGUGUUGUGCCUUGCCUUUUCCUCACUGUGUGUGGCCAUAAUUCUCAUAAAAGGUAUCAAAAGCUCGGGAAAAGCGUCCUACUUUUUGGCCAUCUUCCCGUACGUUAUCAUUUUAAUAUUGUUGAUACAUGCCUGUACACUGAAGGGAGCCUUCGAUGGAAUUCUGUACUUUCUCACACCUCAAUGGGAUCAGCUGCUUAACGUUACGGUGUGGUAUGAAGCCGUUACGCAGUGCUUCUUUUCACUUUCCGUUUGCUUUGGCGGCAUUAUAGCUUACGCUUCGUUCAACAAUUUUUCCAACAAUGUGUACAAAGAUGCCAUGAUAAUUUCCUGGCUGGACACCUUUACGUCCGUCAUUGCCGGUUGCAUCGUGUUCGGAGUGAUCGGAAAUCUGGCUCACGUUACCGAGCAGCAUGAUAUCCAGCAGGUGGUAAAAAGCGGUGCCGGUCUAACGUUUAUGACUUAUCCGGACGCGAUUGCCAAGUUCGACCUGUUGCCACAGCUCUUCUCGGCUCUGUUCUUUCUGAUGCUGUUUAUUGUUGGGCUGGGAAGUAAUCUGGGUGUAACCACCAGCAUCGUAACGGCCAUUCGGGACCAAUGCCCGAACUUGAAGAACUGGCAGGUUGUCAUAGCGGUGGUCGGAACGGGAUUCCUGUUUGGGCUUAUGUAUUUAACCCCCGGCGGGUUAGAUUUGCUAGACCUAUUGGAUUACUAUGGAGCCAAAUAUGUGACCUUGACACUAGCCGUUUUCGAGUUGGUGACCCUGGCUUGGAUCUACGGAGUGGAUCGAAUCUGCUGGGAUAUUAAGUUCAUGCUGGACCGCAGCACAAGUAUGUUUUGGAGAAUAUGCUGGGGUAUUGUAACUCCCUUGGUGACGGUGAUCAUCCUACUGUUAAGCUUCGUCGAGUACGAAGCCUUUGCGGUUCCAGCAGGUUACAAUGUUCUAGGCUGGUGCAUUUACAUUUUUGCCAUUCUCCAGCUACCGGGCUGGGCUCUAUACGCAGCAGGGCGUCUCAGUUCAAAGACACUGGAAUCGAUGAUCGGAUCUAUUAAGAAGUCAUUCCGUCCGCUGCCCGAAUGGGGCCCGGAGAUAGCGGAAACUCGACUGCGCUAUCAGGAAGAGUUUGAACAGCACAACGCAAUGACGCCUCGAGAUCGAAAUGUCAGCCAAUUCAUCAGGCGGAAACUGUUCAGUUGAGCUUUACCUGACUUUGUGUGAUAUACCCUGCGGUUUAUAUCAGUAGUUUUACUGCUGUUGUCUGCAUGUGAUUUGAUUUAAUUCAUAUAAUAACUUGAAUUACAGUUUAUU